GACCGCAGGUCUCUUCCCUUUCCCCACCUCCCCCUCCCCCUCCCCCUCCCUUGUCUCGUGCGCUUAUCAGCGACCGGCUGUGACGAAACGCCGUCAUCGACACUCGCCGAAGCCGCUCGGGGCCCAGCCAGUGCGACCGCAGUCGGGCUGCGAGUGAGCGAGCGAGUGGUAACAGGGGCCGCGGCCGGGCCUGCCACCGCGAGGAGCGACGCACGGACAUGGAGAGCGCCGCGUCGGCCGCGGCCUUCGCCAGCCGCGCCCACGCGCCGGAAGACGACCGCAACAUGUCGACGUUCGCGCGUCGUGACGGCACGUCCAGCCAGCACGGCGUGUCGUUCCAGUACCAGGUGGCGGCGCUGCUGCUGGCGCGCGCGCUGGCGCGCGACCCGGGGGCGCGCGUGGGCGCGGAGCACAAGCACGCGGGCGUGUUCGACGACGUGAGCGUGCACGUGCGCCCGGCGCCGGGCCGCGCGCCCGUGCUGCUGCUGCUGCAGCUCAAGCACAAGAGCGACAAGAGCAACGCGCCGCGCGUCGGCAGCCAGGCGCUGCGCGGCGACAGCGGCUCCUUUGCCGUGCGCAAGUACUACCGCGACACCUACUACGUGCUGUUCACGAACGCGGCGCUGCCCGAGGGCGCGCUGCUCGAGGCGCCGGUGGGGCCCGGGGCGCUGCCGCGCGCCGCCGCGCGCCUGCUGCACACCGGGUGCGGGCGCGGGCAGCCGCGCGUGCUGGCGCCGCACGCCGACCACCUGGCCGGCGAGGCGCGCGGCCCCGAGUUCCAGGCGCGCUUCCUCUGGCUCGGCUCGCAGGCCAGCGACGUCGAGCUGCUCGAGCUGCUGGCGCAGGAGCUGACGCAGCACAUGCGGCGCGUGCCGGGAGACCUGGCGGCGCGCGCGCGUGCGCUGGUGCACGCGGUGGAGGAGUGGUACGAGGCGACGGGUGACGUGCGCUACCUCACGGCCGACUGGGAGCCCUGGCGCCGCCUCGUUGUCCACGCGGACGCCGACGCCCCGCUACUGCGCGAGCUGCGCUUCCACGACGCGGAGAUCCGCAGGUGAGCAGGCG